UCGAUGUGUGUGAGAGGGGGGUUGUGGGGGGAUUUGGUGCUGAGGUAGAUCCGUGUGUCGUCAGCAUAGCAGUGAAAGUCCAGGUUGUGAUGGCGGAGAAUCUGACCAAGGGGGAGGAUGUAGAGGAUGAAGAGGAGGGGGCCGAGUACUGAACCUUGGGGAACACCUUGGGUGACUGAAGCUGUGGUAGAGGAGUGAUUAAAAAGACCUGAAACGUCACUAUGGAUCGUUUGGUGAAAACGCUCACUGAAUGUGGAUACACUUUCCAGGAGGUCAUGGUCUCACCCACAAGUGUUGGGAUCCCAAAUUCAAGACUGCGUUAUUUCCUGAUUGCUAAGAUUUCAACAGAAAACCUCAGCAUCCAGAGUUCAAGGAUUUUAGAUGCCUUCCCACAUCCCGCUGAGCAGCCCAAAGUCCUGAGUCCCAGCGCAGACACCUGCCAGCCUGAGGAGGAAGUGCAGGAGGGUCAUGUCCUGUACAAGCUAGAGACGAAGACAGAUGCUCAGAGGAAGAUGAGCCAGAACAACGAUCUGUCUCUCAGGCUGAUCCAAGACUUCCUGGAACCACAGAUAGACAUGGAGCCGUAUCUCCUUCCUCCUAAAACCCUGCUGAGAUACGCUCUGCUCUUAGACAUAGUUCGGCCCACAUGUAGGAGGUCUGUUUGCUUUACCAAAGGAUAUGGGCGGUAUGUGGAAGGAACUGGCUCAGUUAUGCAGGGCUGCGUGGAAACAGAGAUGGAGAGUGUGUUUACAGGUCUGGACCAGUGCGCUGAAGAUGAGAAACUCCAGCGGCUGUUGAAACUGAAACUUCGUUAUUUUACUCCUAGAGAAGUUGCCAACCUCAUGGGCUUUCCUCAAAGCUUCACCUUUCCGAAGAAGACCACUACCAAGCAGCAGUACAGAGUUCUAGGAAACAGCCUGAAUGUCGUGGUGGUGGCCAGACUCCUGCAGGUGCUGCUCUCCUAGCACUCAGCACACUCUGAAGGAGAAGAAUGUUAAGUUUGAUAAAUUGGGCCAACUUGAAAGUGAACAGUUUCAUGAUUCUUACAUUUCACUUCAGACAGUACAUUUAUAUUUUGGCUGGAUAUUCAUAUGUUUGUUUAUAUGCUUUUUUAAAUUAAAUUAAAAGAAA